AUGGCUUCCAAAGCAUCUUCAGUUGAAGAUAGUCCUAUGGAAGUAGAAGAAACAAAAAAGGAAAAAGGGUUAGGAAAACCGCGGCACAAAUUUACAAAACAUGACUUGGAGAUUCUUAAUCGAUCAUUUGAACAGAAUUCCUACGCAGAUUUUGGGACCCAGCAAGAGCUGGCCAAGCAAAUGCAUUGCUCCAUCAGCUCAAUCAACGCUCCACAGGGAAACGCUGGCUCCUUUCCUGUGGAGACACGGGGACUCCCCCGUGAAGAGAAUGGCUCCUGUGACACUUUUGUGUUAGAUGGACAGCAAGUUGCUAGAGAGCAGCCCAGUUCCCCAAAGCAGCAGGUCUGGGGUGAGGGCUAUGAACUAUUUGAUGGCUUGCCUUUGCCCUGUGUCAAUAGUGCACAGGGAAAGAUGCAGCAGCAGCAGGACAUGGACCUCUUUGAUCUGUGGGGACCACAGCAGCAGAGUGACUGGGGAUAUUAUAAUCUACAGCUGCAACAGCCGCAGAGUUAUCAUGAAAAUCUGCCUGUUCAGGACCCACUUCUAAUGACUGAGAAGCAUGAUGUCUUGGGGCAGCAGUUGCCCUCUCUUCUACAAGAGCAGGAUGUGGAUUCUCAAAAGAAUGGAGAGGACUCAAGGUCUCAGAUUGAGUGCACAUCUACUCCACAAAUGGAGUUGAGUGUUCUUCCAGAGCCUUUUGCAUUCGAUGGACAUAUUGUGCAGGGAAAGAUGCUGCAGCAGCAGGACAUGGACCUCUUUGAUCUGUGGGGACCACAGCAGCAGAGUGACUGGGGAUAUUAUAAUCUACAGCAGCAACAGCCCCAGAGUUAUCAAGAAAAGCUGCCUGUUCAAAACCCACUUCUAAUGACUGAGAAGCAUGAUGUCUUGGGGCAGCAGUUGCCCUCUCUUCCACAAGAGCAGGAUGCGGAUUCUCAAAAGAAUGGAGAAGACUCAAGGUCUCAGAUUGAGUGCACAUCUACUCCACAAAUGGAGUUGAGUGUUCUUCCAGGGCCUAUUGCAAUCGACGGACAGCAAGUUGCUAGAGAGCAGCCCAGGUCCUGA